GCUUUGAGCUCGCAACAUCUGACUUCUACAUUGAAAUGUUUCGAAGCGAUGGACUUUCGCUCGGAGACGUCGGAUGACAUGCGCGGACGGUCCAGAUUCGCACCACCUGGAUCACCAAAAAACAAUGCGCGAAAGUCCUUGCAGGCAAGGAACUGUAUUAAAUCCGCAAGGCGUCGAAUCGAAAGCAAUCCAAUCUACAGGACUCUCCUCCUCGUAUUAAAAUUUUGGGACGUCGAGACUUUUGGUGUUGCGUGUUGCGAGUUGCGGCAACAAACAUUCAAAGGUUCGCGCAUUGACUAUAGGCGGAAAGGAGAAAAAAACACACACACAGUCUUAUUAGAAGAUUUAUUCAAGAAGCACUCGAGAACAGCGAGGAAGAGCUGUCCAUUUCUCUUUCGGUGAGGCGCCAACGAUUUGUGGAAGCUCUUACACACAGGCGCCCAAUGCGCCGCCGUGGGCGACUGUCGCAUCAAAAUCGCUUCUUGGCAUCGUUUUCUCGGACCCUUUAAGCAGAUCUCCUCAGUGCUGCGCUUUGCGAACGCUAGGAGAUCUCUCCUCUCUCAAUCAAGAUGAUGCAAGCAGCGUCUCCUCCUCGCCCAGCUCCGGCUCCUCUCCCAGCAGCAGAUUCAAAGUACUCUGGAAUCGUCCCAAGGCUCUACAAUUCCUUCGGAGGAAACGAUCGAUCCUACUACGUGAAGCUGCGAAACGACGAUGAAGAUGUGGGCUUCCUCGGCAAGAAGAAAUCCAAGAAGAAGAGGCCAGCGAUUCGAAUGGGCAGCAGGAGGAAGACCAGGUUUGCCGCUAUGCCCAGGAAGAUGAGAUUUCGAAUUCGUCUGGCGAGGCCCAAGAUUCGUCUGGGAUUUCUAUCCUCUUUGCUCUCGCCCAUCAAGCUCUUGAGGCGGCUCCGCGAUGCCUAUGUCAACAUGAUGCUGUCGCUGGCUUCAAAGGGGGAUUUUAGCGGCGCUGUCAUGGGCAACACGAUGUAUAUCCCGAGUGGGCAGCCGUAUAGGAUUCCAAUUGGGGGAGUCGACUCCAGGAAGGAAGAUGAGAUCCUGGCAUACAUCGAUUAUCUCCGGCGGAGCGGGAAGCUAUUGCCGGAUCCGGUGCUUGAUAGAUAGACUCUGUUUCUAGGGUUCUUGAAGAAGUUGUUUUACCUGCAAAUGUAAAUAAGACAUUUAGUAUCUUUAGAAUAUUCAAGUAAAUUCUGGAAUAAUGUUA